AUGAAGCUGCAUUACAUUGGCAUUAUCCGCAACGCAGAGAAGCCCGCGCAUGAGCUCGUUGCGGAAAAGGAACUCAGCUCAUACUCUCGAUUCACGCGCAACAAGUACGCUACCGCCGCCGCCCUCUGUACCCCGACCCGCCCGACCCCCCAACGUUUGCGGCCGCUUCACGAGGAGGCUUCUUAUGGCGAGUUCAUGACCUUAUUCGCAAAGACGGUCGCUGAGCGCACGCGACCGGGCCAGCGCCAAGACGUCGAGGAGCAAGAUUACACCUUCCACGCCUACGGCCGCACAGAGGGCGUCUGCGGCAUCAUCAUCUCGGACCACCAGUACCCCGCGCUCGUCGCGCACCAAGUGCUCAGCAAGGUCGUCGACGAAUUCCUGGCCAAGAACCCGCGCUCGUCGUGGUCCGCCGGCCAGCCGACGCUCGUCAUGCCGGAGCUCAAGGAGUACCUCGCCAAGUACCAGGACCCUCAGCAGGCCGACAGCAUCAUGAAGAUCCAGAAGGAGCUCGACGAGACCAAGAUUGUGCUGCACAAGACCAUCGAGAGCGUCCUGCAGCGCGGCGAGAAGAUUGACGACCUGGUGGCCAAGAGCGACGGCCUGAGCGCCCAGAGCAAGAUGUUUUACCAACAAGCCAAGAAGCAAAACUCGUGCUGCAUUCUCAUGUAG